AUGGUUUCUGCCGAGAAGCAGUCCUCUAGACGGCCUGCGUGCCUGUCGCUCACUCGCUUUGUGAGAUUCAUCUCUUCCGAAUAUCGCAUUCUUUUCACCGUCGUUUUCCUAUCCAACCUUGUUGGCGUCAUCCUCUUCUUUUGGUUAUGGUGGCUCAAUGGCCAACCUGAUCCCACGACUUGUGGUCUGGCUACCUCGAUUAACCUUGCGGUUUCUAUUGUCAUUCGGGAAGAACACAUCGUCAACGGCCUUUAUCAAAUAUUCACUUCUAUCCCAACAUCCUGGCCGCUAUGGAUGAGAGAGCGAGCGGGUAAGAUCUAUCACCUUGGUGGCCUUCACAGCGGCUGCGGUGUGGCUGCAGUAUUUUGGUUCAUUCUAUAUUCAAUUGAAAAGACCAGAGAUGUUCACAUCGCCAAGAUCCGUGAUGGCGUCAUGUUGGCCCAUAUCGUCGUGGUGUACAUGCUGGACUGCCUACUCCUAGCAAUGCUCGCCAUGGCAUACCCGACUAUUCGCGCCAAGAUACACAAUGCCUUCGAAGCUGUCCAUCGGUUCGCUGGCUGGUCUACUCUCGCCCUCUUAUGGGUUAUGACAAUUCUAGAAGCACAACUCAAUACGCCCCCUGGCCACUCCCUUGCUGCUUCGGUAUUCGGCAGUGUCAACAUCUGGCUUGUCUUCAUCUCAACUUGCUGCGUUGUUUCUACUUGGCUCAACUGCCGAAAGGUAGAAGUACAGUCCGAAAAACUCUCUUCGCACGCCUUACGGAUGUACUUCGACUAUACGAACCCUCAGCCUGGCACAACUAUCCGACUCUCAUCGCGCCCCUUACUGGAAUGGCACGCAUUCGCAACCGUCAACAACCCAAAGGAACACGGGUUUUCGGUUGUGAUAUCCAACGCUGGCGAUUGGACCAAAAAGCUUGUCAAUGAUCCUCCUCGACAUGUGUGGGUUCGACGCACACCAACCUGUGGUGUCUUGCGUAUUGCCCCAAUGUUCAAGAGUAUCGUUCUGGUGGCUACCGGCUCGGGUAUUGCACCUUGUCUUCCGGUCAUCCUAGCGAAACAGACAAGGGUCACUCUAUUUUGGUCAACUCGAGACCCUUUCAAGACCUACGGACCAAAUAUCGCUUCGAUCAUCGAGGAGAUGGGUGAUGACGCACACAUUCACAACACUUCAACAAUGGGAAGACCGAAUACCCUUCCUACAGUCCUUGACCUGUAUAAAAAGACAGAGAGUGAGGCUGUAGUGGUAAUUUCAAAUCCCAAGCUCACCAUAGAUUUGGUCUUGGACCUGCAGGCUUUGGGUGUGCCAGCAUUUGGGCCGAUCUGGGAUUCUUAG